AUGCUUUCUCUACUGUAUACUCUCGCAUUGGCGACACUUUCUUUCUGCGUGCCGUUGGAAGAGCACCAUGUUGAUGAUCGUGCGCUGCAAGAACGUGCUGUCUGCAUUGGCCUGUCACAGGUGACUGACACGUUUGACGCCGCCAACGUGAUUCCUCUCCUCCCAAACUUGAACGGCGUCUUGGGCCCUGUCCCCACUGGAAUAUACUUGACAUAUACGAACAUGGCCUACGCGAACAUUGGCACUCUGUCGAAUGCUCAACCCCCUAGCCUGCCCAAUGACAUUUACGUCGCACCGAGCACUAACAAUGGCAUCCUGACCCCAACCUUCAAUAAUGCCAAUGCUUUCAAACUGAACAAAUUUCGCUACGCUUGCAUCGCUCAGUCCCUGCUGACAGCGGUCGAGCUCCCUGUCAGCUGUACAUUCCAAUUUACUUGCAACGUCUACGGGUCUUCCCAAAUCUACACACAAGUAUUUUCGUUUACCCCAGACACGUUGUUGUCGACCACUUUCAAUACGGGAACAUUCGGCCCCGAAUUCAGCUCAUUGUCCCAAUGCAGCAUCAAUGUCCUGACCGGGAGCCUUGGGGGCUUGCUCGACUUUCUUCUGACCCCCAUCACGAUUCUAGCUAUCGAUGACAUCGAAGUUCGGGGCCAAGCAUGCUUCCAACCCUUGGGGCAGAGGGCAGGAGGAGUAACGUAUCGGAUCGGCGAUAAGGCUGGACUGGAUAAGUAG